AAAGUUUAAAUUUCACGUAGUGUGUAGGUUAAAAGUAAUUACUAACGAAAUAAAAUAGAACUUUGAUACUUGGACCUUCCGAGGUAAUUAUCUCAAUACAAUAAACGAACUCGAUCACUUUGUAAAUCGACAUCGGUGUUUUGAAAAAGGCAGAAAUCAUCUCCGUUGAAAAGCUUUGCGAUGUGUUCCAUUUGAAAAAAAUGUAAUGUAGAACAGAACAAAAUUCGCGAGUGCAACUUUUCGUCUCAUAUAAACGACUUAUCAGUUACCUGUGGUCCUGUGCUCGACAUUCAUUUCUCAAAAUUUCAUCAUGUCAUCGGCUAGAAGACCUACGAGAGCUAAUUCGCUCAACGACUACAAAACCUCGAGCUCAAAACAGCCGACGAAAGUUCUCAAACCAUUGCCAGAUCCUUCGUCGAUAAAGUACGUUUUUCUAAUGAUUGGAAUGCAUUUAUGUAAGAAAAUUGUAUUCUUCAGCACAUACGUAAGAAUUCUGGCCUACUUAACCUGUUUAUUCGCACUUUCAAGCGUUGCUGACACUUUACCUGUACCUAAGAUGUAUUUUUCUAACACUGCCAAUUUUUUGAAUCAGUAUUUUGUUAAGUUAGGGUGGUUUUGGACUUUAGCUUUAAGUAUUCCUUUCGUUUACAUGACAACUUAUUGCUAUUGUUGCGGUAAGAAACCGUUAAUUUACAAACAUCUUGUACGGUUAGCCAUAGCAACAUUCUUCUGGUUUUUCUGGGUGAAUUUGUUCAUAUAUAUCGAAGGAUUGUACGGACACUGCACGGAUAAACGAGAUCUGCGAACACGAUACGAAUGCAUCUCCAAAGGUUUUCGCUGGAAAGGAUUUGAUCUCUCAGGUCAUGCUUUUAUUUUAAUCUACAGCAAUUUGUUACUGAUCGAAGAAGCUCGUCCGAUUCUCGGAUGGGAAGAUAUGCAAAACUUGAUCAGAGAUGAACGACAUGCUCGAACAAAUUCACUUACGAAUUUUGGUCCUUUACGUAACUUGAACACCGAUGAUUUCAACACACUGGCUUCAUCUUACGAGAAAUUUCUACCUUACGUGCGAGUAUCGUUCAUUAUUUUGACUGUUUUCUCGCUAAUUUGGGAUUUCAUGUUGCUCACCACGGUUUUAUAUUUUCAUUCGAUGCCUGAGAAAUUACUCAGCGGCAUUAUAGCUAUUUUUACGUGGUAUUUUACCUACGAAUUAUGGUUCAAGUUCAGUAAUGUUCCUCCCAGUGCUCCGGGAGACGGAUUAUUCGUGUAUUAUACGAGCGAAGAAAAACAGCCGAUGAACAGACGAGCUUCACUGAGUAGAAAAAACAGUUUGCCGUCAUUGGCUGCAACUUUAGCAUCAAGAAAUAGUGAUCGGUAAAAAUAUAAUCAUUCAUUCUAUGUUUUUCAGGGUAUUUUUUUUCUUUUUCUUUGUAUGCUUCAAGUUAACUAUGCAUUAUACACAACGGUUUUUGUUAUUCUAAGUUACUAAUUUGUUAUUGAUUGUGAGGUGUUCUGUCUUAAUUUUGUUGCUGUUUUUUCAUGAUAAAUAAACCUUGUGCGUUUA